GGAAGAAACGCCCACCAGUGUGUAGCAGAGGGGUUGGAGGAGGAGAAGGUGGUGGUGAUGGAGGUGUGAAGACUCGUUUGGCAGCAGUACCGUAGCAUUAAAAGAGAUGUUGAAAACGAAAAGACAAUAUAGAAAAAAAAGAAUGAUAUUUCGGCUGUGAGGACAAGGGAUUUAUUGCACCGUCCUCCAUUCCUCUGGAGAACCAGUCUCAGUCUCAGAGCAUCAGGAGGACAGGACUGUGUGUUACGCAGUAAACCCCCCAACAACACAACCUGGGGGUGGGGGGGAUUCCGCUCUUCCAUGCAAGGCGUGGCUGAGAGAGAAAGAGAGAGAGUGAGGGAGAGAGAGAGGACGAUAGAUAGAUAGAUAGAUAGAUAGAUAGAUAGAUAGAUAGAUAGAUAGAUAGAUAGAUAGAUAGAGAUUAUCUCUACAGGGUCUGUGCGCACCUGUCCGUCUUCUUUACGCACGGAUAUUUUCUCCAUCACUGGUGGCGCUGCGACAAAGAAGAGAAGAGAAGAGAAGAGAAGAGAAGAGAAGAAGAGAAGAGAAGAGAAGAGAAGAGAAGAGGGAACGAGACAUCGCGCGCUGUAGUCUCACGUCCACCUCCUCCAUCUUCACCUCGUUCCCUCGUUUCAUGAACGGUGGGGUCCUCCGUGCGCGCGGGUUUCCGGGAGCUGGCUGACUGGUUGACAUGGGGCCGGUGAGCGCGCGAGGCUUGUGCUCGAUGUGCGUGGCGGCGUCGCUCGCGCUGUUGCUGCUGCCGCCGCUGCCCGCGCGCCUCGCCGAGGGCCGGCGGCGCGCCGCGCGCUGCCCGCCGAGCUGCACGUGCGCCAAGGACACCGCGCUGUGCUCGGGCGGCUCCUCCAUCCCGCGCGGCUUCCCUCCCGACGUCGUCUCGCUAUCCUUCGUGAAGUCUAGCUUCAGUGAAAUCCCCAAGGAGAGCUUCAUUCACACCCCAGCACUCCACCUCCUACUUUUCACAGCUAACAUGUUCGAGUCUAUUAAUGAGGAUGCCUUCCUUGGUCUUCCGCAUUUGGAAUAUCUGUUUAUUGAAAAUAAUCAAAUCAAGUCUGUAUCACCUUUUGCCUUCCGAGGUCUCAAGUCCUUAAUACACUUGAGCCUUGCCUUCAACAGUCUGGAGUCUCUACCAAAAGAUCUCUUUAAAGGAGUAGAUACUUUGACAAAAGUUGACUUGCGUGGAAAUCUGUUCACCUGCGAUUGCAAAUUGAAGUGGCUGGUGGACUGGAUUUAUCACACGAACGCAACCGUAGACCAGAUAUACUGCAACAGCCCUCCAGCAUAUCAAGGAAAGAAAAUCAACGAUCUUACUCCACAGUCAUUCGAUUGCAUAACAACUGAUUUUUCACUGCUGAAAUCUCUCGAUUUCCAGUCCAUUUCAGUGGAGACAUUUACUUUUGGUGGUGACCAGUAUGUGGUGUUCGCCCAGCCUUUCAUUGGAAGAUGUAGCUUCAUGGAGUGGGAUCAUGUACAAAUGGAAUUUCGGAAUUUUGACAACAUAACGAGCACCUCAACUGUUAUUUGCAAACCUCUGGUGAUCGAUGAUCAGCUGUUUGUCAUUGUAGCUCAGCUCUUCGGUGGUUCGCACAUCUACAAGCGAGACAUCUCUGCCAACAAGUUCAUCAAAAUCCAAGACAUCGACAUCCUAAAAAUCCGAAAGCCUAACGACGUGGAGGUGUUCCGCCUGGACGGAGAGUCCUUCUUCGUCAUUGCUGACAGCUCCAAAGCCGGUUCGACCACCGUGUACAAGUGGAACGGCAACGGUUUUUACUCGCACCAGUCGCUGCACCCGUGGUACCGAGACACGGACGUGGAGUACCUGGAAAUCUCUGGCAAGUCACACCUGAUCUUAUCCAGCAGCUCACAGCGGCCUGUCGUCUACCAGUGGAACAGGAGCUCUAAGCUGUUCGAGAGGCGCACAGACAUCCCCGAGAUGGAGGACGUGUAUGCCGUGAAACACUUCCAAGUGAAGGCCGAACUCUACGUGUGCCUGACACGCUUCAUCGGUGACUCCAAGGUAAUGAAAUGGGACGGCGCCAUGUUCGAAGAGGUUCAGAGCGUGCCGUCGCGAGGCUCCAUGGUCUUCCAGCCGUUCACCGUGGCGGACUGGCAGUACGCCAUCCUGGGAAGCGACUACUCCUUCACUCAGGUGUACCGCUGGGACGCCAAGAAAGGCCAGUUCAUUCACUUCCAAGAGGUCAACAUUCAAGCACCAAGAGCGUUCUCGCUGGUGUCCAUUGAUAACCGAGAGUUCCUCCUGGCAUCCAGUUUUAAGGGGCAAACACGCAUUUACGAACACUUGAUCCUUGACUUAAGUGAUUGAUUAAAUCUAGAAUUGGGAGGUGAAGCGAUCCUUUCCACUUUGAAGUCAAUGGGGAGAAGAUACUGAUAACUCAGUGAUGCUUUCUGGCAGAAUGGAUGACAUGGGUAGCACACAUGCAUGCCAUAGGUGUCCAUCAUCGCUUGAAAUCCAUAUUGUUAAGCCAUGCUCUAACACUUCACUGUUUUGGUGGUUAUUGUAAACACCUACUGAAAAUAGACCUUUUAUUCUAUUCUAUUUAUUUUCCUGUUUGAAACGAGUAAAACUGCUAAAUUCAAUGUUUACAUUUUACCCCCUGCUUUCCAUUUGUAAAACUGAAUUACAUAUUUUCUAAGACAUGGGACCAAACAAGCAAAAGAAUUUGAUAGAAUUUUAAAAUCGUUUUAAUCGACGUUGGUUUGUAUGAUCUGUAAGCGCAACUUUAGACAUCGUUUUAAUAAUUCAAUCCAGUAACAGUUAUAUGUGAUUUUGAAUUUAUACCAGACCAUACUAUCAUGGCAUUAAUCUAUCGGACCAACAAUCGUGUUUGAAUUCAUUAUGCCUGCAUUGUUUUGGAAACCAAAGGUCAAAACUGAAGCCAUGGUUUAAAAUUUAAAUAAAAACCUUACAAUCAAA